AUGCGACGUCCCGCCUGCGGAUACCACGUGCUGAUGUUGCUGGUGUUGAUGAGGGAGGGGCGUGCCGUCACCAACGACGCCACGGAGACACGACACGUCCCGCCAAGCGGCGCGGUGGUCCAGCGCGUUCACCAUGUCCCGACCAACGAGUCCAUGAACCAGGCGAGGAACGGAGGAAGACAUCCAGUCCAUGCUGGGCUCAGCGAGAACAGCCAGAUGGGUUGCAGGGAGCUGAGGUCCACCAAGUACAUCUCCGAUGGCCAGUGCACCAGUCUGAACCCCGUCAAGGAGCUGGUGUGUGCAGGGGAGUGUCUGCCGGCGCACUUGCUGCCCAACUGGAUCGGGAGCGGUGGAUCCUCUGGAAGGUCCUGGGGCCGGCGGGACGCCCAGGAGUGGCGCUGUGUCAUCGACCGCAGCCGGACGCAGCGCAUCCGGCUGCGGUGCCAGGACGGCAGCAGCCGGACCUACAGGAUAACGGUGGUGACCUCCUGCAAGUGCAAACGUUAUUCCAGACAGCAGAACCAGUCUGAGACAACACGGCUCAGACAGCUCGAGUCUCCAGAAGGGAGAAAGACCAGAAAAAGAUUCAAAUGGACCGGACCGGGACGCAGUCCAAGAACUAAAUAA